AUAGAAAAGACAGAAAGGUUGUGAGAUCAGCCCACCUGAGGAGCCUCGUCCAACAUCUACUGCUCAGAGAGCCAUCAGUUCCUCUGCUAAGGAGGGGUAAAAAUGAGCCAGCUCACAGAACUAGUUCUUCUUACAGUCUUCUUGGCACUCUUCGGUCAUGCUGAAGCAAAUCCUUUCGUUUACAACUAUGAGGCGCUGAGGAUCGGGGGGUUGAUCUUCACGGCCCUGCUUGUAGCCGGAGGGGUUGGAGUUCUGUGUUGGGGGCAGUGCAAACCAAAAAGAAAGGAUGAUGAAGACGCAAGCAAAAUCUAAAGAUCAGGGACUUCAUCUGCUGAAACUUUCCACUGGAUUUUUGACUGAGUAGAGGACUGUUUUUGUUUUCGGUCUAGAAAUGGCUAACUAGCUCCACUUCUCACCUGUCUUUUUUUGUUGUUGUAGAUUUUCUAUUAUUUCAAUAUUUUUCAACCAUUUAAUUUAUGCAUUAAUCACAGUCCCUGCCCCAAAAACUGAGCUGCUGUUAUUUUGAAUUUGUAGAAUUAUUCUAUAAAUUUCAACAAUCUCUCAAAGUGGCGCUUUAAUAAAGAUUCUCAGUUAUGGGCCUGCAAAA